GGGAUAAGGGUGACAGGACAGGUUUCAUGUCGCACGGACUGGAUAUCAUAUUAUCCAUUGUCACUGAUAGUGUAUAUGUACCUGGGGCUUCGCCGGGACUGGAAGGCAAAGAGCGAUCAGGUUUCGGAUGCGCCUCUUGCGUUUUCACUGGGAACCGGAGAACGUAUGAGAAGAGUGUUUUGCAAGGGAGGGGUUCCCGUGAUUCAGGAGCGAAGCAGUGGGCCGGUCGCUGAGCCGUCUCAGGAUGGAGCCGGGCUGUGUGCAGGCAACGAUGGCUACGGUAGAUGUUUCGAAGACAGCCUCGUCUCGGAACGUGGCGGUAGAACGCAAGAACCUCAUAACCGUGUGCAGGUUCUCGGUGAAGACUCUGCUGGAGAAGUCCACGGCCGAGCCCAUCGAUGACACGUCCGAGGAGUUCAUCAACCUUGCUUCCAUCUUGGAGCACAUCCUGAGCCAUCGCUUCAAAGGGACGGGAAGCUGGUUUGACGGACAGCGUAGCUACUGGGACUUCAUCCGUCUGGCCUGUAGCAAAGUUCCCAACAGCUGCAUCAGCAGCAUAGAGAACAUGGAGAACAUCAGUUCCUCCCGUGCCAAGGGUAGAGCCUGGGUCCGGGUGGCCCUAAUGGAGAAGAGGCUGUCUGAGUACAUAGCCACGGCUCUGAGGGACAGCAGAACCACACGGAGGUUCUAUGCAGAGGGAGCCAUCAUGCUGAGAGAAGAAGCCACAGUGCUGACCGGGAUGCUGAUCGGUCUUGGAGCCCUAGACUUCAGUUUCUGCUUGAAAGGGGAGGCCCUGGAUGGGAAAUCAUCAGCUGUGAUUGACUACACCCCCUACCUGAAGUUCACCCAGAGCUAUGACUACCAGAGUGACGAGGAUGACAGGCGUAGCCUUGACAGCAGCACCAGCGACGACAGCGCCCCAGAGCAUCCCUACGUUCCCUUGGUGACGGACGAGGAGAGCUGGAGCACCAAAUGCCGCAAGAUGGAGCAGAGGUUCAAGAUUGUCUAUGCUCAGAAGUUUGGCCCCAGCUCCCCAGCAGUGCUGACGUGGGGGUGGUGUGGCAUGCAGGGCUACCUGGAGGAGCUGGUGCGUCUGCGGGAGAGCCAGCUAGAGAGGGCGGAGGCGGAGGCCCGCAGGCUGAGCGCUCGUCUGGACAGGCUGCAGCAGCACAGCCUGCAGGAGAGGAGAGAGCUGGAGGCCAUCAUACUGGAGCUGCAGGAGCAGCUGACAAGCCUUAUUCCAUGUGACUCCAACCAUUUGUCCAAAGACCUGUCAAUCCCUCUGGUCAACCAAUGGCCAGUGCUCCAGCCCUUCAACAACCAUGAAGAGGGGAAGUUGUUCCACAGCAGGAGGAGCCCUCCCAGCCCGGAGCUGCUGUCGGUGGAGAUCAGCCUGGACUCCGACUCCCAGCAGGCAGAACACAAACACAACCCAGAGACAUGGGGCACCGCAGAUGAGGACUUUCCUCCCUCCCUGGAGGGUCUAUGUGGCUCGCUGGUCUCUCUGCCCGGCUGCAAGUCUCUCUCCAGCCUGCGCUCAAGCGAGUGCCUGGUCCACAUCAGCACUGAGAACAGCCCUGCCCUCUCGCCCAGCUAGGGGGCGCUAGAGGGCCCCUCCAGACACUGUUAGCUCCAAUCUCCAUGACAAACAAGACUGCUGCUGGGAGAACAGGACGUUCUACAGUUCGAUUCUCCGAGAUCCUCUCCUCUCUCCACCUCGGCUCCAGAACCGGCCCUGAAGGCUCAGACUAAGCCCCCGUCUGACCUCCUCUCCAGACUGUGAGAGCUGCCAUCCCUGACUGAGGGACUCUGGGUGUACCGGUGUGUUGGGACUCCAUGUGUGUCAACCUCCCCAUAGUAGAGCUGCACAGUUGCCCCUUCGUUGUGUUAGUGUUGCUGGAUCCUCUGGCAUGCCCAGGAGCUGCUUGCUGUGGUACAGGCUGAGCAAAGCCAUUACAUCCUGCAUCCAUAUUCCUCUGACCAACACAUGUAACCUUGCUAGGGUUGGGGAACUGUAUUAACCUGUCGGCCCAUUUGUCUUUGUCUGAUCAGUCUGUCGGUAGAACCAGGGUGCCCUCAGCCAACUGUGGCAUCGCUGGAGCUAGUGUGUUUGUGUCUGUGAGAUCAUUCAGAACAAACAUCAUUCUGUACUGUUAUUAAAUGAUUAAUGGUAGAGUCAACCAAGAGGGAAAGGAUUCAUAUGAUUCUGGUGGAGAGGGACGAUAAGGAGAGUAACUGAAUUAUUGUAAUAGUGUCUCCUAUGCUGGCACAGCAUGAGAGUUCAGUCACAGCCUGUAUCCAGGGUUACAGGUUAUGGCUGAAACUGUGAAGAAAUACAGUCUUGGUUGUUGAACAAAACUGUUCUAGUGUUACAACCAGAGACUCUCUCCUACUCAGACCUCUGCCCGCCUGGCCACAGGGUUUGAGAGAACAGUCUCAGUAAGGAGGGGGGAAGGUUUUUUGAUGAUUGCUGAGUGUAGAUUUGAUUUUCUUCUGUGUACUAUUUUUCUGUUGCUUUAUGAUUUCUUCAUGGUCACGAUGACAUUUAAUUCAUAUUGAUCGUGUUAUUCUCUGUCUUGAAAGGGGAUUUGGAGCUUGAGAGGAAUCAUGUCAUCUAAAAACUGCAAUAAAA